AUGUUGAGAGCAGGAAGGUUUAGUCUGAGUCACGUCCAUGCUAACGUUUUGGCAAGAAGUCCACUUGUACAUGCUGCCAGUAUACCGACCAUGCAAACCAGAUUCCAAAGUCAAUCUGUGAAUAAUAAUGCGUCUACAGGGGAGAAAUUAGCUAGCCUUAGCGACGAACAGGUUGAUGAAUGGUUGAAAGUUAUUGGAUCGUUAGAAGAAGAGUUUUCGCAACAAGAUUAUAACCCAGCUACGUCCCUUGCACCAGGUAACCAAUCUAGAAUUAAUAUCUUGGAGAAGGCUAUGGAAUUGAACAAGCCCAGCUUUGAGCCAAGUCAAGAGCAAAUAAAUGAAUGGGAAACGUUGAAGCAAGUUCCCAUUCCAAAAAAACAGGAUCCAGUUUUACAGCAUGUAACGAAUAUGAUUAUGAGACACGGGAAAAGAGAAAGAGCUGAGAAGAUUCUUUCAAGAGCGUUAUAUAUUGUGUUCUGUCAAACAAGGAAAGACCCGGUAAAAGUUUUGAAAGAAUCCUUGGAUGUGUUGGCGCCUCUUAUGGUUAUCAAGACCUUCAAGACUGGUGUCGCAAAGGCCACUGUGGUUCCAGUUCCAUUGAAUCAAAGACAAAGGUUUAGAUUAGCUUGGAAAUGGAUUGUGGAAAGUUCUGUGAAGAGAUCAUCGAGCGAUUUCUCAGUAAGACUUGGUGAAGAAUUGGUAUCUGUCUUCAACGGUAAUAGUUCAGGUUUCGAAAAGAGAGACUCUAUUCAUAAGACUGCUAUUGCACACAGAGCUUACAUUAACCUAAAAUGA